AAGCAUUUGGAAGUAACAAGACCUCUUUUUAGCCCUCGGUCUGGGGAGUCCAAUAAAAGGGAAGGCACAGUGCAAUUUGCAAAAGCUAUGAAGGGGAUGUUUUGAUGGAUUAUAACCUCAGCAAAUGUCUAACCCCAAACCAGCAAUGACAACCCAGAGACUUAAAACAGAUCUUCUGCUUUCUUGGCAAAGGACUGGGCCUCAGUCUUUAGAGGGCUUCUGAUACUCUAUCUCCCUCUACCGGUACUCCUAAGACAUUCUCCAAGGAUGGGAAAUCAUGUUCUUGCCGCUUCAAUUUCCAUGCUGUCCCUUUUGGCAAUAAUGGGAGAUACAGGCAGUAAAAAGGAUAGUACCUUUAUGAUUGAUGCGGACCCAGGGCGAUGUAUGAGACAUCACUAUGUUGAUUCUAUCAGCCAUCCUUUAUACAAGUGCAGCUCAAAGAUGGUGCUGCUAGCUCGCUGCGAGGGACAGUGCACUCAGACCUCACGCUCAGAGCCAAUGGUGUCCUUCAGCACAGUUCUGAAACAGCCUUUCCGAUCCACAUGUCAUUGCUGCCGGCCACAGACUUCUAAACUGAAGGCCAUGCGCUUGCGCUGCUCUGGUGGUAUGAGACUUACUGCCACCUACCGCUACAUCCUCUCAUGCCACUGUGAGGAAUGCAACUCUUAAGGGCAAACCUGCUGCAGCAAAAAGAACAGGAAGGGCAAAUGUCCUCCAGCAGAACUUCCAGAAGCAGAAGCAGCUAGGGACAACCUUCCAAUGGUUUGCUGUUGCUACAACCAAGGAUAAUUAGAAUGGAUUUCAUUUGAGAGAAGAAGCCACAUAGAUACAUGGGGUUGUACCAAGCAAUACAACAGACACCAGAAUGUAUAAUUGCACAUUGUUGUUGAAGAUGUAACCAUUUGUGAGGGUGAGGAAUGGGAACAUAUGUUGUUAGAAAUCUCUCAUUCGGGUUCUUGGGGUCAUUUUUCUAUGUCAGUGAUUCUUUAAUAUAGAAUAAGGUCAACUUAAGAAUUAUGGCUCUUGGUUUGAAUGUUCAGCCAGCAACACAAAAGAACCAGGGACAUAGAAAAUGCAUACAGUGGAUGCUAUUAUGUGGAAAACAAUUUAUUCUACAAGAAAACAAAGACUCCUUCCCUGUACACAGAAGCCUAUUGUGUCUUUUAAACAUGCCCUUUAGUUUAUACUGGCCAUGAAAACAGACUGUGUUGAAUAGUAAAAGAUAUAUUUUAUAUGGUCUGGCAGCCAAGUGUUGGACAAGUUAUUGUGAUUUAGGUGCAGUUACAAAAUA